AUGGUGAUGGCGGUGGAGGACAGCAUGUUGCGGGUCGUGGUGCGUCUGCGGCCCCCGACUCCGAAGGAGCUGGAGAGUCAGCGGCGGCCUGUGGUUCAGGUGGUAGACGAGCGUGUGCUGGUGUUCGACCCUGAGGAGCCCGAUGGGGGCUUUCUUGGCCUGAAAUGGGGCAGCGCCCAAGAUGGCCCCAGGAAGAAGGGCAAAGACCUGACGUUUGUCUUUGACCGGGUCUUUGGUGAGACGGCCACCCAACAGGAUGUGUUCCAGCACACCACCCACAGCAUCCUGGACAGCUUCCUCCAGGGCUACAACUGCUCAGUGUUUGCCUAUGGGGCCACUGGGGCCGGGAAGACACAUACCAUGCUGGGAAGAGAGGGGGACCCUGGCAUCAUGUACCUGACCACCAUGGAGCUGUACAGAAGACUUGAGGCCUGCCGGGAAGAGAAGAGAUUCGAGGUGCUCAUCAGCUACCUGGAGGUGUACAAUGAGCAGAUCCACGACCUCUUGGAGCCCAAGGGGCCCCUUGCCAUCCGUGAGGACCCCGACAAAGGGGUGGUGGUACAAGGACUUUCCUUCCACCAGCCAACCUCAGCUGAGCAGCUGUUGGGCAUGCUGACCCGGGGGAACCGUAACCGCACACAGCACCCCACUGAUGCCAACGCUACAUCCUCCCGCUCCCAUGCCAUCUUCCAGAUAUUCGUGAAGCAGCAGGACCGGAUCCCAGGUCUGACCCAGGCCCUUCGCGUGGCCAAGAUGAGCCUCAUCGACCUGGCGGGCUCGGAGCGGGCAUCCAGCACCCACGCCAAAGGGGAGCGGCUACGGGAGGGAGCCAACAUCAACCGCUCGCUGCUGGCUCUCAUCAAUGUCCUCAAUGCCCUGGCGGACGCAAAGGGCCGAAAGUCUCACGUGCCGUACCGGGACAGCAAGCUGACCCGCCUCCUCAAGGACUCCGUCGGGGGCAACUGCCGAACGGUGAUGAUCGCUGCCAUCAGCCCCUCCAGCCUGACCUACGAGGACACCUACAACACCCUCAAGUAUGCCGACCGGGCCAAGGAGAUCAAACUCUCGCUGAAGAGCAACGUGAUCAGCCUGGACUGUCACAUCAGCCAGUAUGCCACCGUCUGCCAGCAGCUCCAGGCUGAGGUGGCCGCCCUGAGGGAGAAGCUCCGGGUAUAUGAGGCAGGAGCCCAGGCCCCACCGCACGGCCCUCCACGGUCCCCCGAGCCAGGUGCUCCGCACCAGCCCCUCCCCAGCUGCCCCUCACCAUCCCACCUCCCCAGCCAGCCCCGCACCCCAGAGCUCCAGCCAGGGUCAGCAGUCCUUCAAGAGGAGAGCCUGGGAUCAGAGGCCCCAGGGGAGAAGGUGAUGGACGGGAACUCCUCAAAUAGGGAGCAGCCCCCAGAAGAUAAGGAUGAAGGCCCGGCCAAGGAGGUGCCGGAACAGAACCUCAGACACCCUUCGCCCAGGUCCCCUGACCUGACCAUGCAGCCCAAGCCAGUCGUGGACCCCCUUCCACCACCAAACCUGGACAGGGACCAUUCUAAGCAGUUGGCCCUGAGGGUGCUGCGCCUGGCCCAGUGCCAGUAUUCCCUGCUCCAGGCAGCCAACCUCCUGACCCCCGACAUGAUCGCAGAAUUUGAGACGCUGCAGCAGCUGGUUCGAGAGGAAAAUGCUGAGCCUGGAGGGGAGGCUUCUGGGGAGCCUGGCCCAGCCAGGAAGGCACCUCUGGCUCAAGAGCUGCGUUCAGAGUCAAAGUCUGCAGGAUACUCGGGCCCUGUGACUCGGACCAUGGCAAGGCAACUGAGUGCCCUCGCACACACUCUGGGGGUCCCGCGUGGGCCAGACUGCACUCCACCCCAGGCAUCUCGGGAGGCCACAGAGAAGAAGAGGAGGAGACCGAGCCCCUCGGAGCCAGACAGCCCCCCAGCCCCAAAACUGGGGACCAAGCGCCAGCGCCAGUCCCUCCUGCCCUGCCUGAGGAGGGGGACCCUGCCUGAGGCUCGGCUUCCAUGUGGGCCCAGCACCCCCACGGGGAAGAGGGCCCCCUCUCCCUGCCCAUCCCCUCGCUUCUGCCCAGCUACCGUCAUCAAAAGCCGGGUGCCCCUGGGCCCUUCCGCUCUGCAGAACUGCUCCACUCCUCUGCCCCUGCCCUCUCGGGACCUCAACGCCACCUUUGACCUCUCCGAGGAGCCCCUUGCAAAGCUGGGCUUCCACGAAUGCGUUGGCUGGGACAGUGUGCCCCAGGAGCUGAACAGGCUGGAUCAGCCCUUCAUCCCCAGCGGCCCCAUGCCCCUGUUCACCAUGAAGGGCCCCAAGCCAGCAUCUUCCUUCCCUGGGACCUCAGCCCGCAAGAAGAGGCGUGCUGUGAGUUCCUCCGUCUUCCGCUCACUGGGAGUCGCCCAGGGCUGCAGCCGCAUCGCUCGCCUUCCCAGCACCACCCUGAAGAGGCCAGCUGGGCCCCUGGCAAUCCCAGACGCAUCUGGGUAUAAAAACAUCCCCGCUGUGCCUCCUUUUGCACCCUUCUGGGUGGGACCUGCCCCUUAUUCUGCAGCACCACCUGCUACUAAAGGUCUCUCUGAGUGA